ACAAUCUUUUACAAGACAUAAACAUUUAGAACAAAUCUAAGAAUCGAAAACCUUUUUUUACUUUUACAUAUUUUACUAAAAACAUGGUCAAAAAAAUAAAAAGUAUUAUGAUGAUGUAGCCAUCUCAAGUGAAUCAAAUAAAAAAUGUUGAAAAAUUAAAUGUUUAUUUUUCAAAGUCGGUUACCAGAAUAUCAAUGUCGUCAUUUCUUAAAGCUUCAUUUACAUGUUGAUCUAUUUUUCAUGAGAUUUUUACAUGGAAAAAUUGUAAAACGAAAUUUUAAAAUAAUAAAAAAAAAAACAUAAAGAACUAUUGUAUUCUUUACUAUUUAUUGUCAAACAUACGUUUUAAGCUGUGGUUGCAUUAAAAUAUUGACUUAUGAAGAAUGUGUGUAUAUCCUUCGACAUAUUUAGUUAACGAAAAAUCUUACCAAAAAUCAAAGAUGAAUUGUGAAGAAAACACUGGAAAAACAACAACAGAAAAAAAGCAACAAAAUCAUGUUGUAAUGAACAAUAAAAAACAAGCUGAAGAAUGUUUAAAAGAUAAUGAAAAAAAUUUUAACAUCAAAAUGACUGAAGAAGAUGUCAACAUCAAAGCGUCUGAUGAAGAUAUUCCAAUGCACCUCAUGGAUGAUUUUUUAGGCGCAAUGCUUUUUCCACAUUUUGAUCAAAAAGCAGAGAAGAGUUUUAUGAGUUUCAAAAAACAGCCAAAGCGACAACUUUUUAAAAAGAAAAACACAUCCGCCGAUCUUAUAAAAGAUUUGUUUUGUCCGGCUCACAACAACCAAACGAUAAAAUUCUUCGGAGGAAAAAAAGCCAUGGAAUUUGAAAGAGAACGUUCAAAAAAUUCUGGCUUUGUUAUACAUCCAUGGAGCAAAUUAAGGCAGUAUUGGGACUUACUAAUAAUGGCGAUGCUUGCAACAAACAUGUUUGUUCUUCCACUGGAUAUCAGUUUUUUUUCUAAUAAUAUAUACAAUGUUGGCAACAUUACUUCCUCAAGAAGCUCUAACGGAGAUCAUAACGUUACAGGCAUCUCCAACACUUUCUUCGCUUUUCAUAUUACCUCUGAUAUAGUGUGCUUAAUCGAUAUACUAAUGAACUUCAGAACUGGGUACCGAGCUGGUCCUGAAAAAAGUGAUUUUCAACUUGAUGGGAAAAAAAUUGCAUUGCACUACUUCAAGACUUGGUUUACUAUUGAUGUUAUUAGCACUCUUCCAUUGCAUUUUAUACUCAUGUUAUUUGCGGGGAGUAGAGAGGAAGUAGGCAUUGGCUUAAAGGGUGCAUCCAGGGUUAUCAAAAUUUUAAAAGUAUCAAAGUUGUUAAACCUAUUAAAGUUGCUCCGACUGACAAGAAUUAUUCGAGGUGUAUCGCAAUAUGAAGAGGUAUACUGUUGGACCGCUAGCUUUAUAAGGUACAUCAAACUUGUCAGCAUGAUGCUUUUAGUUGCGCACUGGAAUGGCUGCCUGCAUUUCCUUAUUCCGAUGCUACAAGAAUUUCCUGAAAAUUGUUGGGUGCGGCUCGGAAACUUAGAGCGAAGCCCAUGGUACACACAAUAUGGAUGGGCUUUAUUCUCAACUUUGUCGCAUAUGUUGAGUGUUGGGUACGGACGUUCAGCUCCAUUGAUUUUAUCAGAAGCUAUUGUCAUAAUUUUUUCUAUGGUAACGGGUGCUACAUUCUAUGCACUAUUUAUAGCUCACUCUAUGGCAUACAUUGCUCAAAAUGACUCUUCAAAAAAUUCAUAUAAAGAAAGGUAUCAGCAAAUCAAAGAGUAUAUGAUAUUUCGUAACUUACCAUUGAGUCUUCAGGAGCGUGUUUCCAACUACUACGAACAAAAGUACCACCACGGACGAUUUUUCGACGAAGAAAUGGUUUUAUCCCAAGUAUCUCCACCGUUGAGAAAAGAAAUCAUAAAUUAUUGUUGUCAUGAUCUUGUAAAAAAUGUCUCUUUCUUCAAAGUUGGCUCCCCUGAAUUUAUAUCUGCUGCCAUUCAUGAGCUAUCGUUUGACGUUUAUUUAAGUAGUGAUAUAAUUUGCAAAGAAAACAACUUGGCAACUGAAAUGUUUUUCAUACGAAAAGGAAAAGUAGAAAUUGCAGUUGGUGGUAAAUUCAUAGAAACACUAAAUGCUGGAGAUUAUUUCGGAGAAAUAAGUUUGCUCACAAAUGGUCGUCACAUUGUUACAGCAACAGCUCUAACUACCUGUGAAAUGUUUACACUCGAAGGAAAUUGCUUUAAACGUCUUCUGUUAGAGCAUCCUGAAAUGAAACCUAUAAUUGAACAUGCAGCUAUAACACGAACUGUUCAUAUUCUUAAUGAGUGGCAUCAUCAUUGCGGUGAAUUGGCUGUUGAUGUCAAAAUAGAUGAGCUGCAAAACGGCAUUGAAGCAUAUAUGAACAAAUCACAAGAAUUUGAAGUUGUUUCUAAUAGAAACCGACGCUCAGUAAUGAAAAAUAAUAAUAAAACCGACGUAAAUAACAAUAAACCGCCCCUUAUGCUUAAAAAUGCUUUAAAAACACUCGGAGGGAUUGUUAAAAAUGAUAAAGAAACAGAAGAUGAAAACUUCAGUGCAAUUAAAGAAAACAUAAAAAAUGCUAUAAAACACCAUAAGUUAACUCACGAAGAUUGCGGUUUAUGUAAAGAUGCUGAGAAAAACGGAACGGAAAUUAAACAUUUCUAAAUAGUAUAUACUAUUAACUAUUUUUAAAAUUAUAACAACUAAAUUUGUAGUAAAAGUUUUUAAACUGUGAUUUCUCUAA